AAUCAACACAAAAUAAUUCUUUAUUAAAUGAACUUUCUCUUUAUAUAAAACCAUAUAGUUAUGAACCAUUAUAUAUGAAAGUUCCUGAAAUAAAGAAAGAAUUUAUAAAAUUUAAACCAAAACCAAAUUUCUUCUUUCCUAAAUUUAAUAUUAUAUUUUUUAGACCAUUUACAAUUUAUCCAUCAGGUAAAAUUGAUAGAAUAUGGAGAUAUUUGAUUAUAUGGAGUAUUUUAUUAUCUUUAAUUUGUUAUUUGGAUCCAUUUGAAGCAAAAUAUUUAUACAGGUUUAUAACGCCUAUUAAAUAUUUUGUUAUUUGUUUGACCGUAAUUUCAUUAAUAUUUAGGGUUAUUAUAAUAUUUGUUCAAAAUGAUUCAUUCAAAUCAUAUAUAAAAUCUUAUACUACAACUUCUACUACUAAUACAACUUCUAAUACCACCAACGAAAAUAAUAAUAAUACAUCAUCACAAACCUAUACAGAAACUCAACAACAACAAGAAGAUGCAACUGUUAUAAAUAUGGAACAAAAUAAUCAAUUAACAACUAAUACUCGAGAUGCUCAAGAUGAAAAUUCGGGAGGUUUUGCUAAAUCUUCAUUAUUUGGAGGUUGUUGCGAUGGAUGUUAUUGUUGUAGUUGUUGUAAUGGUGGAGGAUGGGGUGCUAAUUGUAGAGAUAGUUUAAAUUAUUGUCUUGCAGGCUGUUUAAAUGCUCUUUGUUGUUUUUCUUUUAAUUCUGCUGCUUCUAAUUAAAUUUUUUUUUUUUUUUUAAAAAAAAAAAUUAUUUUUAUUAUUAUUUU